GAAAAUGAAUAUAGGUGGUGUGAUCAUCUAUUUAUCACCAUCAUUAUCAUGAAGAUUCCCACUAUUCCAUUUCUCAAUUCCAUAUAUCCAAUCACUCGCUGCAUCUCAACCCAACAUUUACUUCAUCAUCUUCCGGAUAAGUCGACGGCCUCCCUCCAUUAACACAUGCUACAAAAUCUAUUCAAAGCUACCACUGUGCUGUUAUUGACUGAUAUAGACUCUACGUCGGAAAAAUUAUCUCCGAUGUUACAUCGGCCGGCUCCGUGAUUUGUUCUGCGGCUCACUUGCUGAUAUUGGAUCUGAAUUGGCGGUACGACAGAGAAGUUGAUACCCAAUCAAAACUCAAAGGUCUUCGAUAAUUAAACUUCCGUUGCUGCUCUGAUAGUAUAAAUGGGUGAUGAUAUGGAAGAUGAUUGUUCUUAUCCCCAGCCUGUUGGAAGAUGGUGUGUUUUUUAUUAUGGCGUCGGCCACAUGCUCAACGACAUCACUUCUGCCUGUUGGUUUACUUAUCUCUUGCUGUUCUUAACUCAGAUUGGACUUUCCCCAAAAGAUGCCGCUGUCGUAAUGCUUUCGGGUCAGAUAGCUGAUGGAUUCGCAACCAUUUUCGCUGCUGAACUGAUAGACAGGUUUGGACAUUUCAAAUUAUGGCAUGGUGCAGGAUCUGUGUUGGUUGCCAUAUCAUUUUCUUCUGUUUUUGGUGGUUGCUUACCAUGUAAAAUCUUCGGUACUAAUACCUUAACAAUGGAGACAGUUUCCUAUAGCACCUUUGCUGCAAUUUUCAAUGUGGGUUGGGCUGCUACUCAAGUUUCACACAUGUCUAUGGUGAAUUGCAUCUCCCUGAAUUCUACAAGCAGGGUGGUGAUGGCAAGCUGUCGAAAUGCUUUUACAAUGGUUGCCAAUCUCAGUCUCUAUGCUAUUGCUUUAGUAAUUUUCUUUUUCAUUAAAGCAAGCACACCUGCUGAUGUCAAGAAUCAGUACCGUUGGAUUGCAUACUUGUCGAUUUUUGUUGGGUGCUGCUUUGUAGGAAUAUUUCAUCUUGGAACCAAGGAGCCAAGGUUAAGGCUGUGUGUAUCUGGAACUAGUUAUACAAGGAUAGCAUGGACCUACUGGUUCAAGAAAAUAUUAUACUAUCAAGUUGGACUUGUAUACGUUCUUACCAGACUUGUACAAAAUGUUUCACAGGCAUAUCUCGCGUUCUAUGUGAUUAAUGACUUGCGAAUGGCCCAAUCAGCCAAAGCUUUGGUGCCUGCAGUCAUCUACAUCAGCAGCUUUAUAUUAUCUGUCAUUAUGCAGGAAAUAUCUUGGACUGGACAACGCCUGAAAGCCUAUUAUUCUGCUGGUGGCAUUCUUUGGAUGUUUUGUGGUGCAAGCAUCGUUCUUUUACCUAGCAACAUGAGUGGAUUCAUGUACAUCAUAUCUAUAUUUAUUGGGAUAGCGAAUGCUCUGACAGCGGUAACUGGAGUAAGCAUGCAAAGCGUUCUAGUCGGGUCAGAUCUUGAUGGGUGUGCAUUUGUUUGUGGAUCACUAAGCUUUUUAGACAAAAUUUCAUGUGGGCUUGCUCUCUAUGCUCUUCAGUCAUUCCAAACCAUCUCACCGAAAGUCCACGAUUCUAUUUCCACGGAACAUAUCUCAGUCACAAGAUGCGGUUUAGGCCUGGUUCCAGCUUUCUGUUCGCUUGUUGGUGUGGUUGUGACAUACAACAUGAACCUCCACACGUUGCAUCCCAAGCCCUUGACGGAACCACUUCUGGAGUGACAAUGUGCUGCUUGUUUCCAGCCUAACUUCGGUCAGUUGGUUUGCAAAGUCACGCGGACAUUACCAUUGUUUAUUCAUUUAGAAGACGCUUCUUUUUUAGGCAACAUUACCAUAGGACACAGGAUAUUAGUCAUGGCAUUUGCAAUAUUUAUGUAAAUAGUUUAUUAAUAGUCAAAUACCUUGUACAUAAUAGAUAAAAGAAAUAUUAAAAUCACCCUAUAAUUAGCUUCUUAGUUUAUAUGUGAACACGUGGCUCAUAAUAUAUUUCGUUUAAAGAUA